ACCAAAUCAAUGUCGGCCCCUUUAAAAAACGGACCUCAGCGCUGAGCUGAGUUGGUCCGUCACUUAAAGUGUUCCGUAUGUAAACAGGCAGAUACGCUAAGAGGGCAGCUAUGGCGACAACAAUCGAGGAAAAUGGUCCUUCGAUCCACGUGCAGCCUGACCUAUCGUCAUCCUCUCAGGCCAGACAGAAACUAGAGGGACUCCUGAACAAGAACAUGAGGAUCCGUAUGACAGAUGGUCGGACUCUGGUGGGACUUUUCCUCUGCACAGACCGGGACUGUAAUGUCAUCCUGGGCUCAGCUCAGGAAUUCCUUAAAUCUGCAGAUACUUUCUCUCAGGGUGAACCCAGAGUCCUGGGUCUGGCCAUGAUCCCAGGUCACCACGUGGUGUCCAUCGAGGUGGAAGCAGACAUUCUGGAGGAUGGACAGGGAUUUGGAGUGGACAAUUGAUGAAGGUCUUUGAGUUAAUGGACUCUAGCAGAGCUUGGAGCUAUGGACAAUUCUGUCCUUUAGUGAUUUCAUCACUCAGCGCUUAAAGGACCUAAUCAGUUUGUGAAAGAAAUGAUCAUUUCUAGUGACGUGAGUGAGUGAGUGACAGUAGGUAUGUCACAGUUCACAUCUUUGCACUGUGUGGGAAUAAAAUGCUGUAUAACUGA